UCAAUGUUAAACAAAAUUGUCAUAAGGCACUGUCAUAACUUUUUUUUUUGUAUUAUAUUAAACUUAUAAUAAAACAUGCAAAAAGACAGCCCAAAACUAAGGAUCUCUGCUCGGAUAUCCUCCAAAGACGACAUCGCUUACCUCACAGAGAGUUCGAUAAACACCAGCGCGCGAAACACUAACAGAAGUACCGACGGUGGUGCCUCUAGUGCCUUAACCGAUCGCAUGGACACGAUCCACUACCUUUCGCCGGCCAGUACCAUAGAUGCCGCCCGUACAGAACACGAGGGAGAUUUGGACUAUCAACAGUUUUACAUUAGUCCACUAUACCAUCAGGCCGGAGGACAUCUGGAUCACGUGGACGACGACGGUUUGCAAAGUCCAAUUAGCGGUACCACCACCAGUUCCAUAUCGUGCGAUGAAAACACUCUGCAACGCACAGUGGCUAUUAUUAAACCCGAAGCGAUGUACUACAAGGAUGUAACUUUAAGAGCCAUCAGAGCGGCGGGAUUAAAGAUUGUCCAUACGAGACACGUGCAUCUUACCCCAGAACAGGUGUCGGAAAUCUAUGAAAAAUAUUAUGGGACUCCACAGUUUCCUAAUUUAGUGUUAACUGGGAGUGUUGGACCUAUGUUAGUGCUUGCCUUACAGUCGGUUAAUGCGAUAGAAAAAUGGAAAUCUUUGAUAGGUCCUAUGGGCACUUUAAGGGAGGAAUGGUUUUUUCCUUACAGUGUAAAGACACGUUUCGGGUUGUUAAGCGAUAUGCCUAACAGUUUACAUGCCUCGGAGACCACUCACGAUGCUAAAAAGGAAAAUCGGUUUUUCUAUCCCAGGGAUAUACAAGAGCCUUUGCCAGCCGAUCCGGAGAAAGUGAGAGAUUAUAUUAAGACCUACGUGCAUUCGACGUUGCUUUGCGGUUUAGCCGAUGUGGUGAAGAAGAAACCCGUGGAUCCAAUAAUUCAUCUUGCCGAGUGGCUUUUGUUAAAUAAUCCUUACCAACCCAAUUAUCCUGGACGUAUUGCUGCGCUGCCCACUUAGUGAUACUAUUUUAUGUGUUAUUGAUAUUAUACAUGUCAUUCAAGGAACUUUAUUUCAUUUUAUUGGUUAACGAAAGAUAGGAAAAAAGACACUUAGGUAGUAGAGAGUCAAAGCUGAUUUGUAUUCAUAAAGAUUUAUGAACUCUCUGGAACCACUCUACUGAAAUAAAAAUCCAAAAAUGCUAUUGAUGUACAUGAUUAUAUAAAAAAGUGAACUCCAUCCUGUUACUUAAAGUAAAACCAGAGAAACUAUUAUACUUUAGCAGUAUUUUUAUUUAAUAUAUGUUUUUUAUCGUAA